GAGAGCUGGGAGUCCUCAGUAACUUGUCUGGCCGCUAUGAUUGCCCGCACUCAGCCUGAUAAACAGCUGCUUACCAUUUAGGGCACUUCACAAAACUUUUCUCCUAACUCCUCGAAUCUGGGAUUUUUUUUUUUCUUCCUUUCUGCGUUCACCGCUCUUUGUCUGUGGAUGUUUCAGAUAUAGAAAGUCUGCACCGCUGGAAGAAGCUCGAGUCUGGACUCUAGGUUUGCGUAAUGCUGAGGCGUCCUCUGUUCAACAUCUGGAUUAACUAUUUGGAGUCAGAGCUAGCGGCCCUGCACAAAACUCUUGAGUGUCUCGCCUAUCUUUGUGGAAAGACUGCCCUUUUCUCUGGAAUUUAACCUCCUUUUGAUACACCGGGUUUUGCGCAUAGAUUAUGUAUUCUUUAAAAUGGGUGCGAACAAUGGAAAACAGUAUGGAAGCGAGGGUAAAGGGAGCUCAAGCAUCUCUUCUGACAUAAGUUCGAGCACAGAUCACACACCAACUAAAGCUCCAAAGAAUGUGGCUACCACCGAAGGUUUAGAAUCCAGCACUCGGACUCUGAGCACCCCCAGCCCUGGUCUUAUCCUGCCAUCCAAGUCCUCCUCUCUCUCCUCACCUGCUCUCUCCAGUAAUGGCCAUGAGACCAACUCCUCUUCCUCCUCCUCUGCCCCCGCCGAGACCGUUGCUGUGGUCCACUCUCAACCCGGCACCCACACUCGCUCCCGCCAGUCGAAAAGCCACCACCAUGCCCCCAUCGACCUCCUCCCCGACCACGCCCUCCUGCAGAUCUUCUCCCAUCUCCCCACCAAUCAGCUGUGCCGCUGCGCCCGCGUAUGCCGCCGCUGGUACAACCUGGCGUGGGACCCGAGGCUGUGGAGCACUGUGCGGCUAACAGGGGAGCUGCUUCACGCUGACCGUGCCAUCAGGGUCCUGACCCACCGGCUGUGCCAGGACACUCCGAACGUGUGUCUGACCCUGGAGACGGUGGUGAUGAACGGCUGCAAAAGGCUCACGGACCGUGGGUUGCACAUCGUGGCCCAGUGCUGCCCGGAGCUGCGUCGCCUGGAGGUUGCUGGCUGUUAUAACAUCUCCAAUGAGGCUGUGUUUGAGGUGGUGUCCCGCUGCCCCAGCCUGGAACACCUGAACCUCUCAGGCUGCUCCAAGGUCACAUGUAUCAGCCUUACCCAGGAGGCCUCACUCCAGCUGUCCCCUCUGCACGGCCAGCAGAUCUCCAUUCACUACCUGGACAUGACCGAUUGUUUUUCCCUUGAGGACGAGGGCUUGCGAACUAUCGCCUCCCACUGCCCCCGCCUGACACAUCUGUACUUGCGCCGCUGCACCAGACUGACGGAUGAAGCCAUGCGCCACCUGGCUCUCCACUGCCCCUCAAUAAGGGAGCUUAGUCUCAGUGACUGCCGCUUGGUGGGGGAUUUUGGCCUACGUGAAGUGGCCCGCCUGGAGGGCUGCCUUCGUUACCUGAGCGUGGCCCACUGCGCCCGCAUAACAGAUGUGGGCAUGCGCUACGUGGCUCGCUACUGCCCGAGACUGCGCUACUUAAACGCGAGGGGUUGCGAGGGACUUACAGACCACGGCCUGAGCCACUUGGCCAGGAGCUGCCCCAAACUCAAGUCCCUGGAUGUGGGUAAGUGCCCGCUUGUGUCGGACAGCGGGCUGGAGCAGCUGGCCAUGUACUGCCAAGGCCUGAGGCGAGUGAGUCUCAGAGCAUGCGAGAGCGUGACAGGCAGAGGACUCAAAGCUCUGGCAGCCAACUGCUGCGAGCUGCAGCUUCUCAACGUGCAGGACUGUGAGGUGUCGCCAGAGGCUCUGCGGUUUGUUAGACGCCACUGCCGGCGCUGCAUCAUCGAGCACACAAACCCCGCUUUCUACUGAGACGGGUAGCUCUUGGACUGGUCCUCUGACGAGUGGAUGUUCUAAUAUUCCUGGUAUGGAGUUGGCAGAGUUCAGCGGCCGAUGUGUCAGAACUGGUUGAAAACUGGUGUGCAAUACUGGCCAGAAUUUGUCUCUUCAAAUCCGCUUGGUGGCUGUCGAUGCUGAAAAUACAUCCAUAGACUGUAUUUAACAUAUUUAUCUGUAAAAAGGCAGAGAAGCACAGUAUGUCAGUAUAUUACAUCUUUCAACAUCACACUUUGCAAUGUAACAACAUGCUACAACACAGAGCACUGGGUACAGUUACCAUUUAGAAGCAUUGUAACAUAUUUAACUUCAACACCUUACAGCCCUGAAACAUAACCAUUAUCAUACAUUACUGCAUCUAUUUAUAAACAGCAAGUAUCUUCAGACUAAACCACUACGAAUGUAGCAACGAAGCAGCAACUAAAGCAGAUGUGGUGAUUUUUAAAGUACUCUCAGUUUCACUUUCUUUGUGUUGCAUAUGCACUUUAUGCAAUUGUGCUGACAAUCACUUCAGCUGAGCUCAAAGUGUCAUCGUGUUUUUCAUUUUCUGUAAAUUAAACUAUUAGCCAGAGAACUUUGUACUGCCAAAUAGAAACAGACUGUUGUUGAGAAUAAACAAAGAACACAUUGCUGCUAUAACUGUGCCAAUAAACUUCUUCAAAAUCCGCCUCCACAACUGUGAGUGUUUUACUCAACUUCAUUAGAGCCUUAAAGGAUUUAAGCCUGCACAUGUCUGUGGGUCGUUAAGGUAACUGAAAAAUAUCCAGGAAUACCAUAUAUGGAUGUUUUAGGACUGAAGUGUGAGGGGCUCAAAGGGCAGUGCUUCCUGCUUUUAGGUUAUUGGCUGGAUUACACCUGUUUGUAAUCUGGUGGAUGCACCUGUCUGUCCACCACAA